AAGCCUCUGCAUGACAUUAGUUUGAGAAGGGACCUCAAAUCGGGAGGAACGUUUUUGUGUAUUAUGUGGUGGAGUGGGAUCACCCUUCUCAUUUUGGUUCUACCGAACUCCUCAGUCCAGGGGAUUGACGUGAUCUUAGUAGUCGAAUCGACGCAAAAGGACUUAACCAAGGUGUUUGACGAGAAGUUUCCUGAAGUGGAGACCUUGACGAACAAGAAAUUCAACUAUGAAUUGGUCGAGUUCCAACGGAGCAAAUCAGACGACAUCUAUGCAGAUCUUUGCACUCUUUUGGCGUCAGGAAAGUACUCAGCGGUCAUUGACAUGGCCUGGGGCGGUUGGAUCAAAGGUCGGAAGACGGCUAACAAUCUCGGGUUACCCUACCUCCGGAUUGAGGCCGCUAAUCACCUAUUUGUUCAAGCUGCCGAUGAUUUCCUCAAAUCUCAAAAAGCUGUGGAUGCUGCUCUGAUUUUUGAGGACCAGAACAAAUUGGAUCAAAGCCUUUAUUACAUAAUUGGGAACUCGUUCUUGCGGAUAAUUGGAGCUCAACUUAACGAUACGAAGGCAUUUGAUCGAUUGAAGAAAAUGAGACCCCGACCCUCGAAUUACGUGGUUUGGGGCUCCAGUCUCAAAGUCAAGGAGGCUUACACCAAGGCCCUGGGCAUGGAAAUGCUCAAAAGAGACACGAGAUGGACCUUGGUGUUCCAAGACUUCAAACACAAUGAUUUUGCCCUAGAUACAGUAAUGAAUCAGACUAACUUUUUGCAAAUGGAAGACGAAGAGAACUGUUGCAUAAUUCUAAACAAAAAUGGAGCGGACUGUGAUUGCUCCAAUUUGAAGGACAUCUCAACAGAGAUUGUUGGAAACGGAAUUGAACUCUUCCUCAAAGCCCUUUCCAAGAUGGAUAACGAGGGAACUUUGCCUCAACAAGCAUGGACUUGUGACAACCCGUCUAGUGGCGACAAUGACACUCGGGCCAAAUUUGACUUGGCCGUUGGAACCACCGUCAAUUCCACAAGUUAUCUCUUUAAACGUGACAAGCACAAUGUUCCUCUGAUCACAGCACCAAUCAAGAUCAAGGCCAAAUCAGAGAACCAAACGGGACCUAUUUUCAUGGGUGAUUGGGACCCAGUUCAACGAUUUGUUCAAGCUCCAGGUUAUAGUCCAGGCGAAAUCAAAGACUACUUCAGAGUUGGAGUGGUUCUUGGUAUGCCCUGGGCGUGGAUCGAAGGAGCGCCAGAUCCGAUCGAUACCCAGUACUUGGAUGAAACGAAACCGAAUCGAGGCCUCAGAGGAUAUUGUAUCGAGCUUUUGGAGGAAUUAGCCAAGAGAAUGGGGUUCGACUACGAGAUUGUUCCUUCCAAUCGUAAUGCAUAUGGAGCCAAACAGCCUAACGGAACUUGGACGGGGAUUGUCGGGGAUUUGAUCUCCGGGGAAAUUGACAUAUCCGUGGCAACACUGACCAUGACCACUGAGCGGGAAGAAGUGAUCGAUUUUGUAGCCCCUUACUUUGACCAAUCCGGGAUCUCGAUACUUUUGAGGAAAAAAGAACCUGUACAGUCAAUCUUCAAGUUCAUGUCCGUUCUGAAGACGGAAGUAUGGCUGGGGAUUUUGGCUGCGGUUUUCAUCGUCGCCUUCCUCAUUUGGUGUUUGGACCGUUUCUCACCUUACUCUUACUACAACAACAAGGACGCCUAUCCUGAAGGAGCCCGGGAUUUCACCCUCGGAGAGUCGCUUUGGUUUUCGUUGACCUCUUUAACGCCGCAAGGUGGAGGUGAAUGCCCAAAGGCUCUUUCUGGCAGGGUUCUGGUUGCAGCUUAUUGGCUUUUUAUUGUUCUGAUGUUGGCAACCUUUACUGCCAAUUUGGCUGCUUUUUUGACUGUCGAACGAAUGCAAACAACGGUUCAGAGCUUGGAGGAGCUGGCAAGGCAAUCCAAGAUCAACUAUACCGUGGUGGAUAACUCCCCAUACUUGGAGUACUUUCAUAACAUGGCAGGGGCAGAGGACGAGUUAUACAAGAAAUGGAAAGAGAUCACCUUGAAUAGCACCUCAGAUCAAACCCGAUAUAGAGUGUGGGAUUACCCGGUGCGAGAGCAAUACACUCACAUCCUCAAAGUCAUUAAACAAAACCAACCCGUGGCCACGCCCGAGGAAGGAUUCCAAAGAGUGGACAAUGACCUCGAGGCCAAUUUCGCUUUCAUCCACGAUGCUUCGGAAGUGCGAUAUAAGUACUAUCAGAACUGCAACUUCACUGAGAUUGGAGAACCUUUUGCGGAACAACCGUUGGCAGUGGCGGUACAACAAGGAAGUCAUCUCCAAAAGGAGAUCAGCAAGAUCAUAUUGGAACUCCAGAAGGAGAGGUAUUUCGAGACGCUAUCAGGGAAAUAUUGGAACAGCUCCAAACGGGCUUCUUGUCCAGUGAAGGAUGAUUCUCAGGGUAUCACCUUGAAAUCCUUGGGUGGCAUAUUUUUGGCCACACUUUGCGGGCUUUUGCUCUCCAUGAUCACGCUCGCUUAUGAGGUUUGGCAACAGAAGAAACUAGACAAGAACAAAGUCCAUGAGAUUGACAAGGUUAUUGCAAAAUCGGGUCAAAGCAAGAUAAUCACUGUUGGAUCCAAGCAAGUGGCCUUGGAUGCCCGAUCUGGGUUCUACUAAACGUUUCAAGAUUGCAAAAGAGCCUAAUUCAAUGUGGCUAUUGCAAGAAAAAAAAAUCAGUGGUCAAUGUUAAUCGAGAUCUUCAAUCAUCUUUGUUAAAUG